CGAGUGCUUAUACUGCCUUCGAGGUCUCGUUCCGUCGACUUCCUCCAGAAAUGCAGGAUUUCCUAUACAUUAUAUCCCACUAUCACUUUGCAGAGUUCCCGAUGGCUGUAUUCAGCCAUGCAGCCCGGCAAGGUUUCAUCUCGGAACCUUAUGCAUUGGCCCCGCGGGACUCUAUCUUCAGCGACACGAUUUCCCUUCUCAAAACCAUCCUCUUUACGAGAGACAUGUGGAAUAUGCUCACUCAACACUCCAUCGUACGGACUUUACAAAGCUAUUCCAUGGCUUCGUUCACGUCUGGAUUCAAGACCGAGCUGCUAAGAUUACAUCCUCUAUUCUGCGAUUGGGUGUAUGACAGAAUCCCGUCUGAGAGGGGCCUCCUUCUUCUCUCCUCUGCCGCUCGUGUCCUGGCUUGUGGGCAAGGAGAGCGCUGGAUGGAGCCCUACCUUCUUCCUCACAUCAAACGGAUCAUAUCUAAUCCGCAUUGGGAAAGACUCCACAUCAACGACAAAGCAGCAAUAGGUCGCAUACUCCGGGAGAUGGAUCAUCUUUCCGAUGCGAGAAAGGUAUGGUCCUCCAUCUACCAUUCUUUGCAGAGCACCGAAGGACCUGCAGGAGUAGCCUUAGCGAGUGUCACUAUUGAGCUUGCAUGGACGCAUUCGACAGAUUUGACGAAAAUGGAGGCCUUAGAGAGGCAAGCCCUCUCCAUAUUCGAGAAUGUCCUCGGUCCAGAUGACGAAAAGACACAAUUGGCAUCUGAUUCCUUGGCAGGGACCUAUGUCGAAAUGGGAAGGUUCAAAGAGGCAGAGGAAAUGAUGCUCAAGUCUCUACAGAGGCUCCAAAGCUUGUAUGACGAUGAGAAUCCCCGCGUCGUUAACACAAUGCACGCAUUAGCAUUGAGUUACUAUGCUGCACACGACUACCCAAAAGCAGAGAAAUAUCAAUACAUGGUACUUCCUGUGAAAAGGAAGCAUUUGGGUGACAAUCACCCAGAUACUCUGCUUGCCAUGUAUAACCUUGCCUCCAUUUAUCAGUGUCAGGGUAAAUAUCCUGAAGCAGAGAAGUUGCAAGUUCAAGUCCUAGCAGCUAGAAAGACGAUAUAUGGGGAGAAUCAUAUCGAUACCCUCUUGUCAAUGCAUGAAUUGGCAUCCAUCUAUGACUUCCAAGGGAGGUAUAUCGAAGCGGAAGAGAUGGAGAAGGAAGUACUAAAGAAGCGGAUCGAAAUAUUAGGGAAAGACCAUCCUGACACGUUGCUGUCGAUGCACAACUUGGCAUUCAACUAUCAGUCUCAAGGGCGGUUUACAGAAGCGGAGGAGAUGCAACGUGCAGUAUUCUCAGGGUGGAGAAACAGCUUGGGAGAAGAUCAUCCUGACACUCUCUUGGCAAUGUAUGGACUUGCGUCGUGCUAUCGUUCCCAGGGGCGAUAUUCAGAGGCUGAAGUACUGCAAGCGGAAGUGUUAACGAAACGGCGAAAGGCAUUGGGAGAAGAUCACCCAGAUACACUACUGACCAUGUCUAGUCUAGCAUCGACCUAUUUCUGUGAAGGGGCCUAUGCCAAGGCAGAAGAACUGCAGCUACUAGUCCUAACUCGUAGAAGAACCCUUGCAGGAGAGUUCCACCCCGACACUCUUUCGGCAAUGUGCGACCUUGCGCUGACCUAUGAUUGUCAAGGAAGAUAUACAGAUACCGAGGCAUUAGAAACGAAGGUUAUGGCUGCGAGAAUGCAGAUUCUGGGACCUGAUCACCCGGACACUUUGUUAGCCAUGCACAAUCUGGCAUCGACGCACCAUUCUUUGGAAAGAUACGCCAAUUCAGAGCAGCUGGAGUCCAAAGUUGUGGAAGUGAGAAAGCGGCUUUUGGGUGAGAACCACCCCGACACCCUGAUAGCGAUGCAUAAUUUAGCAUCCACAUACCGUGCCCAGCAACGAUACGCGCAAGCUGAAGAGCUUCAGCUAACGGUCAUCGCUGGGAGAACGGAGGUACUCGGAGAAACCCACAACGACACGUUAUCCACUAUGGAGAGCCUUGCUCUCACAUAUACCAAGGAGGGGCGCAUUUCCGAGGCAACAAAGAUACAAACAAGGCUCUCAAUCCUGCAGAAAAAUCCUCUUUAUCAGGGACGUAUAUGGGAGUUUGUACAUGUACACUCUUUUGAUUCGACUAGCCCAUUCAUUCGUGUCCAUGGUGCUCCUGAAAGUUGCUACUUGAAAGAAAAUUUCCUUGACCUAUAUCAUUCCAGGUCGAGCGGUGGAAAAUAUCAGCUCUCCGAAAAAGCCAACAACGAUAUAAAAGUGCUAGAUUUGGUGAAGUCCAAGUUAGGAAUGGCGGCAGGUAGCGUUGGGCAACCUUUUCCAGUUCAUCAUUCAUCCUUGUACCAGUUUCGGCGUCGACCGAAAUCCAUCUUCACCAUAAUUCGAUAUAUCUCUUCUCUAUCUAAUCACUACCACCUAUUCUAUCCAACUUUGCCAAGAUACACCGCGCCUUUCAACUUCACCUCGAGAGUAUUUUCAAAAUCAUUCGCAUCCAGCAGAUCUCAAGCUAUACUCAUGGAACAAGAGUCCCAUGAAGGAGAUACAUCCGGUUCAUUGACUCCAACUCAACUAGAGGGGGAUUCAACCAAGCCGCCUAAGACUCGGCAACCAAAAGAGCCCAAGGUCAAGGUCCCUAGAAAGAAGGAACCUCCACCAACGAUACCCAAACGGUCAUAUUUUCCCCUUCCUCAAGCUCAGUUUGAGAUCACAGGACAAUCGGUCUCUUCAUCUGACGAGGCGUCUAAAUACUUGCCAAGACUGGGACAAUUCACCUUACGAAGGAAAAAAGCCCCUGUGUGGAAAUGGAAGAAGGAAUCUACGGAAGCAGAUGUAGAUCAAGCUCCUAUUGACUCGACAGGUGAAGAUGUCAUAACCCUCACCACGCCUGCUAUACUCUGCGGCGCAUCGCGCGGGAUGGUCAAGCAUCUAUCGAGGGACAAUGUAGCUCUCUCUCGAGGGACGGAGUGGAUACACAUACCUUUCGAAGAAUU